UAGAAUAACUGUUUUCAAAGUUGCCGAAAUGCCACGUGCGUCCACUUAUAUCAGUGCAUUCGUAAUAACCUAACCAUUACGAAACUUAUAUUCGAUCAAAUAAGGCUCUGUAGCAAAUUAGCAAUUCCAUUUUUUAUUGAACAAAUCCGACAAUCUCUCAUUGGCCAUAAAAAAAAUCCUCACUUCGUGGUCUUAUUUUCCUGGAGAGAUUUUGGGCGGAGUAAACCCUCUCGCUUCAUCUCUUCCUCUCUGGCUAUACCUGAAGUUUCGUGGACCCUUCUGGAAUUUGGGAUUUUCUGUGGAUUUUCUGUGAAUACUGAGUGGACCCAAUUGAUCUCUCCUAUAUUAUUGAGGAUUUAUCUUUAAUUUAUUAACCAUUUAUUUAGUGAAAUGGCAAACGCGGGGAUACAGCUCCUUGGAUUCGUCUUGGCUUUUCUUGGCUUCAUCGGGUUGAUAGCAUCCACGAUCAUGGCCGAGUGGAAACUGUCAUCCUAUGCUGGGGACAACAUCAUAACGGCGCAAGCCAUGUACGAGGGGCUUUGGAAGUCCUGUGUGUCACAGAGCACUGGUCAAAUCCAGUGUAAAGUGUACGAUUCACUGCUCCAACUAACGGGGAUGGUGCAGGGCACACGAGGUCUCAUGGUGGGUGCCAUCCUGCUGGCUGGCAUUGCCAUCCUGGUGGCCAUGGUGGGCAUGAAGUGUACCACCUGUCUGGCUGAGGACCAGGAGCAGAAGGGCAAAGUUGCCCUGACUGGAGGAAUCGUCAUCAUUAUCGCAGGUCUAUGUGCUCUGGUGGGGACUUCCUGGUACGGGAACAGAAUAGCAAAGGAAUUCUACGACCCCUUCACUCCUACAAAUUCCAGGUAUGAGUUUGGCAAGGCCCUGUUCGUAGGUUGGGGUUCUGCCUGCCUCACCAUCAUAGGUGGAGCCUUCCUCUGUUGCAACUGCUCCAGUAAAGGCUCCGGAAAGUCCUCCCGCUACCCCCCGAACCACUCUGCUGCCCCGCCAGGCAGAGACUACGUCUAGAGCCUGGGGAUAUCCAGGAGACCAGGGUCGUGUUCAUUAGGGUAGACGUUUCAAACUGUUGUGCAACGGAAAAAUCGAAAACAAGCCUUUACUUUCUGGUCGGGUAGUGCCUUCCCGUUUCACUCCAUUUAAGUCUGUUUUCCUCUGUUUUGCUCUGAACAUGACUCACCUCCAUCCAUCCACUCUCUAUUCAGGGUACAGCACUACCUAGGGUCAAAGCUGGAGUUAUUUUUGUUGAUUUGAUGGUUGGUUUGGUUUGAUUCAUGAUUUCUGGCAUUUUCAUUUCUGCUUGUUUUACUGUGAGACACUCUACUAGCAAGCAAUAUAUCCAUGAUGCAUACAGUACUCUAUUACUAUUUUCACACUAUCGAUUCAACCCAAACUGCACUGUGCUGGCUCUGAUAUUUUCUUUUCACACCGUUCAUGAUUCCAGCAACUAUGGCGGAUGCGUAACGAGGACAGCACUGUUCAGCUCGGCCCCGCUUAGCUCGGCUCAGUAGUGUGAAAAUAGUAUUUGUGUGUAGUUUGAGAUGUACAGUGCAUUCGGAAAGUAUUUAGACCCCUUGACUUUUUCCACGUUUUUUUACAUUACAGCCUUAUUCUAAAAUGUAUUAAAUUGGUCCCCCCUCAUCAAUCUACACACAAUACCCCAUAAUGACAAAGCAA